CUCGUAGUGUAACGGGUUCUUUAGCGCCCCUUUCACAAAACAGAUUCCUCGAUCCAAAUUUGUUCAAGAGACAAACAAAGCAUCACCGGUUUGCGAUCAGAUUGAGACUCGCAAAAAAUGACGAUGUUCCACUUCUUCAACUGUGCGAUACUCACCUUCGGUCCUCACGCCGUCUACUACUCCGCCACUCCCUUAUCAGAGUAUGAUACUCUUGGUACCUCUGUAAAAGCCGCUCUUGUUUAUCUUGGAACAGCUUUGGUGAAGCUCGUUUGCCUUGCAACAUUUUUGCAGGUGUCUGAGAAUGAUGGCUUUGAUCCAUACCAGGAACUUUUGAAAGCACUGAUUGGUUUUAUAGAUGUUGCUGGACUUUAUUUUGCCUUAACACAGUUGACUCACAGGAACAUCUCUCAAAAUCAUAAAUUUCAAGCUGUUGGACUUGGAUGGGCUUUUGCUGAUUCUGUGCUACAUAGAUUGGCACCACUUUGGGUGGGAGCAAGGGGACUAGAAUUCACUUGGGAUUACAUUCUGCAAGGCCUAGAAGCAAAUGCAAAUUUGGUGUUGAGUAUAUCUCUUGCAGCAUUGGGAUCUUUGAUUUGGCUCAGAAAGAACAAGCCCAAGACUUUGAUUCCCAUAAUAUAUGCAUGCGCUGGAAUUGUUGCAACCAUGCCAUCCAUUACAAGCUACCUAAGGCGAGGAUUGGGAUGGCACUUUCCAAAGGUGGUAGGCUUUGAAUUAUUCACAUCUUUGGUGAUGGCUUUCAUUAGUUGGCAAUUGUUUUCUGCAUGCCAAAGGCCCUAUGUUUGAGGAACAAAGUUGAUGCCUUCUAUGUCAUCUGAUGUUUGGAGCGAUGCGAUGCUCAUUGCCUGUCAGUUCCUCUUUUUUCCCUCAGGCUGCUCUGUUGUCUCCUAUGAAAUUCCGGUUACCUUCUCGCUUUGUAGUUUAAAAGUUCGGUCAUCGUUGGAACCAUUUAACAUGAUCGUUAGAUUGUUAGAUCUUUACCAAAGGCACAAAACUCAAAUUGUGUACCUCUAUGGAAGUAGAGAAAUGACACUUGCGCCUCGCUUGGUUGAUUUGAUUGGUUAGUAUAAUAACACAAGGAAAAGUUUAUUCAA